ACUUUCUUUACUUUUCUUACUCCAAUUUCUGCUAAAGUUGGUUUAGGAUAUCUUUUAUUAUGUCAAAUACUUUUGGGUAUUGGAAUUGUAAUCGCCUUGCCAAUAUCAACUUGGUUAGGAUCAGGUCCUCUUGAAUGGCCCGGUAUUUUUUGGACGUUCGGAACUGCUGUGGAAUCUGGUGGUUUUGUUAAAAGCGAGAAUAAUGAUACAGAUCAUAAUACACCAUUAGAAAUUUAUGUUAUUGAAGAAAAUAGUGAUAUUAAUGAAUUAUUAACAAAUAAUUUGAAAUUACCAACUUUAAAACAAGUUCCAUGGAAAUUAAUGUUUUCUCAUCGUGAAGUGUGGGCUAUACUCAUUACUCAAUUUUGUAAUUCAUUUAUG